CACCGCUGGACGCCAGGCCCUCGGGGGAGCCGGCAGAGCGGGAGGAGGAGAGGCGAGGAGACUGAAGCUCCCUCAUGGCCUCGUUCUCAGCGCCGCAUCUGCGGGCUUGGGUUUUCCUUCACGUGCUGUAAUGUCAGUGGCUGACUCACGUUUUUCAAAGGAAGAAAAAAAACCAAAACCAUUUUCUCAGCCUCUUGCCAGGCAGCCGGUCCUGCAUUUCUUCCCUGAAUUGAACAAACCACGCACAGCCUUUCCCUGGCGCUGACACACAACGCCUUUAUCACAACCUGCUGCGUGUAAUGGUGAGCUGGUGCUGCUCUGAAGCACAGGUGAGAUGUAGCAAGAGGAGCAGCCCUGGGAAGUGUCUCUGCAUGAACACACGGAUCUGGGCAGCAGCCAGCAGCUCCCCCACAUUCCUCUUCCCUCCUGCAUUGCCUUCCCCAUGUAUCUCCCUUCCUUCUGUUUCCUUGCCCCUGAUCAAAUCAACCAGCACUUUGAGGUACUUGAAUGAAAACAUCAAAUAGAUAGAGUAUGAAAUCCUGCAAUGAAAUUCUGGUUUUGUAUUUAAAACAACUGUACCUCACAGAGCUCUUGCCUGUAGGAUCCUUGGGUUGCUGUAGCUUUGAGUUGAUACCUGCAGGAACAGCCUUCUAGCCCCACAAAAUCAGACCGCCUUGUCUCAUAACCUUAUUCCAGCAUGACACCUUUACUUAGGAGAUCUGUGAACAGAGAAAUCAAAGCUGCAUGUGAAGCAGGAAAGGAAGGAGGAUGACGUUCUGCUCUGGUUCCACUGUAGCAAGGACCAAGGGGUGAACUGUCUGACUUCCUGUGUAUGUUACUUAAUGAUCAUUUGUCUGUGGUGCCUCACAGACACCUAUUGUCACAUGAACAGUCAUUAAUUCAGCCACUGUCGACAUGAAGCCAAAAGGCAGAAGUCUUACCAAAAAAAUUGCAUCUUAAUUAAUGUGCCAACUCUGAAUAUACACACAGGAACAUCAAUUAGUCAGCUUAGGCUAAAACGAAAAACUGGGCUGUGGAGAAGAGCUGCUGGGAGCUGUGACAGACCCCGAGGGCAGAGGAUUACUAGGCAACUCCUGCAGAUUCUCAUCGAAGACUUUGGCUCAGCCCUGCAGUCAGCACAUGCAGAGCUGUGGGUUCAGCAGCUGAAGAUGGAGGUGCUGCGUCGUUCCUCAGUCUUUGCUGCAGAGGUGAUGGAGGUUUUUGACAGGUCUCCCACUGACAAAGAGCUUGUGUCCCAAGCCAAGGCUCUCUGCAGAGACUACAUAAACUCGAGGCUGAUUCAGGCGGGUGUCAGCUGGAGCAAACCCGAGUACAAUGCCCCAGUGCCUGGGGGUAAGCUGGCCGAGGUGUCCACCAUACUGCUACGACUUGGGGAUGAGCUGGAGUACAUUCGCCCCAAUGUCUACCGGAAUAUCGCCCGCCAGCUGAACAUCUCGCUGCACUCAGAGACUGUGGUGUCAGACGCCUUCCUGGCAGUGGCUGCACAGAUCUUCACUGCAGGCAUAACGUGGGGCAAGGUGGUGUCUCUCUACGCCGUGGCAGCUGGGCUGGCGGUGGACUGCGUGCGGCACGCGCAGCCAGCCAUGGUUCACACCAUCGUUGACUGCCUGGGAGAGUUUGUCCGCAAGACCUUGGUGACAUGGCUGAAAAGGAGAGGAGGCUGGGCAGACAUCACAAAAUGUGUGGUGAAUACUGAUCCCAGCCUUCGCUCCCACUGGCUCGUGGCUGCUGUUUGCAGUUUUGGUCACUUCCUCAAGGCCAUCUUCUUCGUCCUGCUGCCUGAGAGAUGAGUCUGAGUUGUCAAGCACAACUCCCUUGCCCCAUCUUCUCUCCCACUCCAGAAGCAACCAGAAGCAACUGGAGAAGUAAUUCCAGACUGGUAAUGAAAAUCUCUGAAGAGGAGGAAGAGAAGAACUGGGACAAAAAAAUAAAAAGGCUCCUCUCCCAUCAAGUGGGAGCAGAUGAUCAACCAUGGUCUCCUAUUUGCAGCCACACGAGCCUCUCUCACCAUUAAUCCUUCCAAGAAUCUUGUUUCCCUGGGUAACUUGCAUGUGUGGCCUAGAUGUAGCUGGUCCCUGGGCACGCUGAUGGCAGCUGUGUGCAGUGUGGGACUGUCAGAUGGCUGCUCCUUACGGCUGUGUUGCAUGCUUAUGCUAGCACCAGGCAGAGGGGAGGAGGAAGGGAAUAUUAUUUGAAAUGGGAUUAGAAAGUAGGAGAGGGGAAGAGUCCCUCCUUCACUCCAUGUGAUUUCCCUUUCAGUCCUCAGACUUGCCUUGUGUUGAUUCUUGUUGUUACAUUUGUGCUUAAACUUCAUCUCCUCCUUUAUCCCUAACUCACUUGCUGGGCUCUGCCCCAGCAGAGCAUGGUGGGUUUUUUAUUAAGAUAAAACCAAAUAAUCUGUCAACAGUUGCUUCUCCCUGACAUGUCUUGGAGAUUGGUCUGAGUAGCUGUGAGGGGCAGGAUGAGAGGGCAAAGUGUGUUUUGUUGACCCCUCUCACUGCCCUUACCCAGUCAAACAGGAGAGCAAGGGGCAAUCCCUUCAAGCAACAACUUGAGAUGGAAUUUCAUCAUGAAAAAAACUGGUUUUGCCCCUGAGAUUCUGUCAGAGCUAAGCAUGUAAGUAGGAAAGGCUGAAAUAGAGAAGCAGUAAGUGAACUGACUGGCAUGGUAAAAGCAGUGAGCUGUGCUGAAAAUAGCUGAUGUAUGUUUCUCCUUUAAUCUCUUUCAAGUACAAUUCCUAGUCUUCUUUGUGGCAAACAAUAAAGGAAAACAAGUGGUAUUUCACUACUGCAAAGGUUAUUGUAUUUGUUUCCAGACCAGAGUUAACAAUUCCAAAAAAGGCCAGAACAGUGCAGAGACAAACACUCCAACCAUGCUAAAAAUACUUCAGCUUUUCCCCUGGUAGAGCAUGUUAACAUGUUAAAAGUACAACUUGCCUGGUUCAUGCCUGGAAUUUAACCCAUGUUGUUGCCAUGUCAGAAACAUGCUGUUUCUACCAACAGAUGCAGGGCCUCCCUGACAUCAUCAGGGAAAGGCUGUGGAGCUUCUGCUCUGCCAAGCCUCCUGGAGACUCCCUGCUCAGUGCCCUGCUCCCUAAAGUGUGGCACUAGGCACAGAAAAAAAAAAAAAACAAAAAAACGAGGAUUAAGAACAUAUGGCACUCUAAGGGGUUUUUUUUUGUAUUUUUUCCCUGAUUUCCCUCCCAAACAUUUAGAGGGGCUUUUACUCUCCCUCCAGGAGUUACAAAGGGGUCUGAGAAUAAAGCAAAACCUUUACUUUUGGGUACUAUCUGUGGGCCAGGUCUGUACUUACAGUUAGUGCUGUGCUCUGACCAGCAGAAACCUUAGCAGAGGAUGUGUAGGAGUUAGAUCCUUGCACAUUCCUGUUUUUUCUGCUCUAGCCUUUUGCACUUUGGCUGAUGCCUUGGCAUGUAGGGGCCGGGCCCAGCUUUACCCCUAGUGCUACACCCCCAGUGAAGAGUGCUGUGCCAGUUUGGUCUAGGAGUACAUUUUCAGUAAUAAAUCAAUUCUUGUGGAUUAAAGCCCUUCAAGUGCAACCUCUCCCAUUCCCAGUCUUUCAGCAGAAACAGUCACUGGGAAGGAGAGAGCCUCCCAUUCCACAUCAGAGCUGUGUGCUGCCUUGGACAGUGGCUGGGGAGACUUUGGGCUGGGUUAUAGUGAUGAGGUUGCCAAUGUAGAUGCAGCUGAUGGUGCCAUGAAGUUGGGGCAUUUUUAUGUGAGUAAAGCUUGCAUCAGUUCCCCAGAUAAAACCAAAUUGUCAGAGGAAUGUUUAAAUUUUUUUAAAAUUUCCUGAUAUAUUGACAUUAGGGGUUUUGCUGGCAUCACUUACUGUUAGGAUUUUCUUCCUUAGAUUCUUGGUAGAUCUGGCUAUGGAAAUUUAGAGCAGGUACAGAACACAGGGGGAACUACACUAACCACCUUUGAGCAGCAGGGAGAGGAUCCCUUCCAGUCUGCAACAGAGGCACUAAAAGCUUUAUAAUCCAUAGCAGAGGGGGUACAGAUUUGUUGUCCUAAAGGAGCUGGUGGAAAAGAAGACUUUGGAUUUCUGGAAAUACCCUGGCUGUGUGCAGACUUUGACUUGGACAGUUUCACAGGUCAUCAAGUCCAGCUUGCCUUGUAUCUCAUGGAGUGAAUGGGAGUUACUGGAGCAGCAGAGUUUGACACUGGGACUGGCAAGACCUGUCUCAAUUUAGAUGCUGUUUUGAAAUUUAAUACUUAAGGCUAUGGUUGUUGGGGUUUUUUUCCGUAAACAAGUGAUAUCAGAGGAUCUAUUAAGGAACAUGAAGAGUUAAAUGCACCAAUUAAGUGGAUUUAACAAGAAGAUAAUGACAAGCCAAAUAAAGCAGCAUUGCUGGAAAGGAAUGUGUGUGGGUGGGAAGGGGGUUACAAGAGGCAGACAAAGGCUCAGCCUGGAAACUGCUGAUAAUGAAGAGAUGGUGGAGCUCCCCUCGAAUAGGUUUCAGACUUCUCUGGCUUCUGUCUGUCUUCUUGCAUUUAGUAGUCUCUGCAAAAUCAAUACCAGAUCUGAAGUGUGCUGCUCACCUUGCACUUGGUGUUAAAGGAGGGUCCUUCAACCCUCCUCACUUCUGUAAUAACCACAUCAACACCAGCCUCAUCACCAAAAUAAACAACAAAGCAAAAAGAAUUGCACACACCGCGGCGCAUUUAGGAACUGACAGUAUUGAGCAUGAUACAGACAAGAGUUUAUGUCAUGUUCAGUCCUAUCUGUAAUAUUUAGUCAUUUUGGAGUACUUCCAGGGGUCCUUUACAAUCUCAGCUAUUCUGGGGCUCUGUGAUUUUUCUAUUCCCUCUUCUCUUUUCACCAGUCCUACCUGAUGGGAGACAUCAGGGUUGGUUGUUUAUCACCCUAAUAAACAUUUUCCUUUUAAAUGA